CAACUUUUUGAUAUAUAAGAACUAUAUCAACUCGUCCAUCAACAAGGAACAAAAAAUGGCUAAGAUCACUUCAACCCAAUCCUUUCUUCUAGUGUUUCUGGUCGCCUUCGCCGUUGUGUUAACCCCAUCAUCAGCUGGCCCUGUAAAUGGAAAUGCAACCGAACCAAUUGGUAGCGCAACCGCCGGUGGUUCAGUUGACUCAUCUAGCAGGAACGAAUCUAUUGAUCCUGCCGGAAAAAGGAAUUCAAGUGUCGCAGCUGAUGGUGACUCCAUGAAGUCGAGAAUCGAUGAUCCUGCUCGAACACCAGUUAAUACAUCCAGAAGAACUGAUGGCACAAAAGAUGAUUUUCAUGCUGGAUCAUCAGUGAAUGGAUCUAGAGCAAAUGAUGAUACUAUUGACUCAUCAAUCAAUGGUGUAGGCGGAACAGGAAACGCCGUUGAACCAGGUCGUGCCAACAAUAAAUCAGCCGUUGAAGGUCCUGCUAAACCAUCCGCAAAUGUAUCCAGAUCGAUUGAUGACUCUGUGAACACUAACUCAACAAACGGUGGUGUCGGCGCAACGAUAAAUGCAGUUAGGCCAGAUGGUGGGUAUGCAAAGUCAAUAAACGAUGGUUCGGUAGGAACAGGAAAUGUAGUUAAGCAAACUAGUGGGUCCACUGGUUCUGCAGCCGGGCGUCCGGCUAAAGUAUUUGGAGCCACUAAUAAGGGUAAUCCGGGAACUUAUGCUAUUGGAAUUGGAGGAAAGGGUGUUCCCUUAGCAGCAGCAGGCCAAGCAUCUGGAAAUAUUGCAGGUAAAGUUUGGGCAGGAAGAACAGCUUGAAGACUUAGACGGUGGUGUGUCCGAAUAGUCAAUGAAAACAUGGGUGAGGAACUUGGAACAAUUUGGUUGCAAAGAUUUGAAGAUUUCACUUCAAGGGAUGUUCUAAAACUUUGAAUACAUCUUUAAUAAUUAGUUCUGUUGUCUUCUUCUUCUUCUUCU